AUGCGGGCUCCGGUGUUGAAGCAAGCGAGCAACCUGGUUGCGAGGGCACCUUUCGCUAUUGACUCAUAUAGCCCGCCUAAUUGCAGACUUUAUCACCGCCCGCGGUUAGGCACUCACCAAGAGGAGGCAUUGCAAAAUGCACUGUCUGCAGUUCGCCACUCUUCGAGCUCCAAAGCCAGAGAGAGAAAGCGGGCGGAAGACAGGUUCCAGGACUUCAUCGUAUCUGUUCUAGAGGCAUCGGCUACCCGUCGUGAUGCCAAGGGAUACCUUCAAAAAUAUGCUCCUCAGUCGGGCGACGGCGCAUCCAAGAAGCGCAAAGCAGAUGAGCUGCCAGGAGCAGCCGACCAGUCUUAUUCGUCCAUCCGAGUUGUCAACCAGGCACCGAAGUUCAUUCAGGGUAGCGACAGCAAGGUCGAAACCACUGUUCCCCUUGAUGAGCCCAUCAACUUGGCUAUUGUCAAGAUACGUCUUCCGCAAGACAUUGACGACGACAUGCUGAGUGCCAUCGCCAAGACCCUGACCCAGCUCAGAAAGCUCGGUCUCGUGAGUCUCAUUGUCCUGGAUGGAGGGCCAGCCUCGAACCGGAAACUGCUCCGUGAGCAAUCUUGGCGGGCUCAACAAGCCGUUGAGACCUUUGGUGAACCCGGCUGCAUUCUGCUUGACCAGUGUGUGGCCGAUGCCGAAUCACAUACGCUUCAAACCCAGGGUUUUAUGCCCUCCGGUGUUUAUGUCCAGCAUCCGCAUCUCUUGAUACGAGCGCUACAAGACAACGCUAUUGUAAUCGUGCCGCCUGUCACCAUGGCCCACGAUUUGAAGAGCAUUGAUGUGGUUGAUGCCGACGAAACGAUCGUUGCGCUUACCAAGUACUUUUGCGGGCUACAGUUCAACGCCUCCAAUCAACCGAUUGGCUCUCUGGGCUCCAAUUUCAGUCCGGGCGUCAAGGUCGCUUCGGUUGAGAAGGUCAUCAUCCUGGAUCCAGCCGGCGGCACACCCCUCUCUGACGUACACGAUGACUCUUGUCAUCGGUACAUCAACCUCGAGCAGGAAUUCGAAGGCAUCAUGUAUGGACUCACACAUCCUUCGGGGUCAGAAGCGCAGCGAGGCAAAGUUCCUGAAGACAUACGGCAAAUUCAUGCCCGCAACCUUGACUUGUCAAGAAAGGUGCUUGCAAUGUUACCCUCGACAUCUUCCGCCAUCAUCAGCACCCCUUCUGCUGCUGCAAACAAACCCAUUCAGGAGUUCACCAGGGUCACGACUCGUAACAGGCAGAACCCCCUGAUCCACAACCUACUGACGGACAAGCCUGUCUUCUCGUCAUCACUACCCCUCGAGCGAGUCCGGUCAGGAAAGAAAGGCGAUGCAGUGUCCGGCGAGACACAUGUGGCAACUUUGCUCAAGCGCGGCAUGCCUCUCACAGUGUACCCUGACCCUACAGUCAGUGCCUGGCUGCCGCCUGGCCCCGGCGGCCCACGUCUGAGGCUCACAGACACCUGCAUAGACCUGCCACGGCUAGUCUAUCUUAUCAAUGAUUCUUUCAACCGUGAGUUGGACGUUCAUCAUUAUUUGGAGCGUGUCAACGAGAAGUUGGCUGGCGUCAUCAUUGCUGGGGAGUACGAAGGCGGAGCUAUUCUGACGUGGGAGAGACCGUUUGGAUUGGACGAGGCCACGGCUUACAAGACAGGACGCCUCGUUCCGUAUCUGGACAAGUUUGCGGUGCUCAAAAGUCGCCAGGGUAGCGGCGGUGUCGCUGAUGUGGUUUUCAACGCUAUGGUGAGAGGCUGCUUCCCGGAGGGCGUUUGUUGGCGGAGUCGCCAAGACAACCCUGUCAACAAAUGGUAUUUCGAGAGAUCACUGGGGACAUGGAAGCUGAAGGACACCAACUGGACCAUGUUUUGGACAACUCCCCAUCUGCCACUGAGCGAUCCGAAGUUGCUGGAUUACGAGGACGUUUGCCGCGAGAUUGAGCCAUCUUGGGCAGAUUCGAAGCCGCCAGAUUGA